AUGAUACUUACCAACGAAACUAAUCUUCAUUAUGCAGUUGUAAGGUAUAUAAGAGACAACCACACAGAUGCUGUAAUCGUACAUGGACUAGGUGAGUACCAAGAUACUGGCUCACGUAGAUGUGAUGCCUGGAGGAAGGGAUACAAAGGUGGACAGCCAGAUCUCAUACUAGCUAACCCAAUGAAUGGUUACACCGGAUUUGCAAUUGAACUUAAGUCCCCUAAAGGCACAGGCAUAAUAAGCGAAAACCAAAUGACGUGGCUGAACUUGCUACGAAAGAGGGGCUACAUGACACUUAUAUCUGAUAACUACGCAAAACCUGUUAUACAGCUAAAUGAGUACUUCAAACCAGACAACAGACAAGCAUAA